AUGUCAUUUGAUUGGCUUAACGUUCCUGGUCUCUCAGGGAGUGGAAACGAGAACAUUGAAGCUGCAGAGCCGCCUCCCUCUGUUUCGUUCAAUUUUGGCAACAGUGCCUCGGAACCACCGACGGAAAGGGAAAGUCAUGUUACUAUGCCACAGAGGGCCGAUCGAGCCGACGCUUUUCACUCCCAAUCAAGUUACGAUUCAGCCUCAUCUUCUGCAAAAUCACAGGCGCGGCCAGACAACUAUAUGGAAACCAAAGAAGACUUGCAAGUCCCAUUGUCACUGUCAAGAACCCAACUAACAAGAGAGGAAGUCAGGACGUAUUUGAGAUGGUACGGAUAUAUUGCCUCGCGAAAGCAUACAAAGCUCAUUGCUCUCGAUGAUGUUUUUCAUUUUAUGACAAACUUCCCUCUUGGGCAAGAUGUUAAGGAGAGGAUAGCGCACAUAUUCAAGACCUGUAAGAAUGCUCUAAAUAUUGGUCAAUUCUUCGCAAUACUCAGGCUUAUAGCCCGUGCAUUGACUGACGGCGUUUUGCCGACGAGAAAGAUGAUCAUGAAAGCUGCACCUGUGCCUAAGCCGAAACCAAUUUUAGCGGCUGGUAAUGAAGAGGUGUACGAAGAGAUAGAUGACUCGCAGGACGGCCCAGAGCUAAAGGUUGAUUUUGAUAGCUUUGCGUCCUUGCUCCUAACAGGGCAGAAGAAGAAACGAAUGAGACGGAGAAUUACAAACGACCAUAAGAGGUCAAAAAGGGUACGGUUCACUGAUAAGUUGGUAACAUUUCAAGAUCAUGUACAGUCACCGGAAAAUGAACAGGGCACCGAAGAUGAGGAAAAAUCAGGCGAUAAUGAACCUCUAGAUCUUUCUCUACCGAUGGACCAGUUACUAAAGAAGAUGGCUGCGCGCAAGAAGAAUAACUCUGCGCUCGUAUCGGAGCCUCCCUCGCAGAAGGUGCCAGAGUCCCAGGAAGAGAAGGAGGUUCUUGAGGACAUGAAGGAAUCUCUCAACCACUUUCACCAAAUCCACAACGUUGAUAGUGUAUCUUUAGGUGGCGUCCCAGCACAAGUGCCGUCGGCGGGAACUCCAUCCGCCAAUGCUACGGCACAAAUAGAACCUUUGAAACCCACGGCCACAGGUUCUGCUAACUAUCUGUUUCGUUCAAGUCAACAGCAACCGCAGAGUGUCAACCAAGAGCCCCUACAACCCUUGAAACCGACAGCAACAGGGUCAGCAAAUUACUUAUUCCGGUCCAGUCAACAACAAGCUACAUCCCAAAAGCCAGAGCACAACUCUUUCAACUUUAUGCAUGCUGUUAGCCCUGAUCCCUCGAACAACGCAAUGCAUAGAAACAACACAACUUUUCAGUCCCCCACGCCUGAAAUUCCACAAAUACGGGCACCGCUCGCAGCAAACUUUGCAGGCCAACCGCUCCACUCGUCAUCGCAAGCUCCAUCUAAUUUGAACGUGCCGUUUUCAAAUCAAAGCUUUCUCCCGCCCCCAUCCUCCGGGUUCGGUAUCUCGCCGCAACCUACUAGCCAGAACAAUUUCUCUCCAAAUCUUAGCGCGAAUAACUAUUUCCAAAAUUUGCUUUCCAGUUCACCCUCUCCAAACGCGAGUACUCUACAGCUCCCGCAAAGCGCCUCAGUCGGUCCGUAUGCAAACGCAUACAGCUCGAACUCUAAAGUAGCCCAGGACUCUAAUUACCUCAAACCCAACUUAACGGGGCCUUCAAAUCCGCAGUACCAAAUCAAUCCAAACCAAUACCAACGGCGCGAAUACCAGAGUUUUACGCCAUCACCUGUCCCUACGUUACCGUCGUAUCCCCAGGCCCCUCAGAACACAUAUAAGUCUCACGAUUAUCUAGGGGACUUGAGAGCAUUACAGGAGCACGUUGACCAGCUUCAGAAUGCCUACAACAGAUGA